AUGCGACGUGUUGUGGCAAAGUCUGUUCUGUCGAUAAGACGCACGCCGCGGUGGACCGCCGCCCACUUUGCCACAAGUCAACCUCUUUUGAAUGAUAUCACCGUUCCGCAUGACGUGACGGGGGAAAACCAAACACGGAAUGAGGGAAGAGCAAAGCCUUGGCGCCACCAGCGAGGUGGGGGCCCCAAGAGCAGCACUCACGGUCAUAACGGCCCUGUGAAGGAUCGUUUCCCGCCUAUUUUAACGAAUCUGAGCGAUCCGCGGAGACGGCUUGCAAUUCUCCUGGACGCUUCAAGUGUCGAGCCACGCGUCUUUUACAACACGGUCUUUCCUGCCGCCAAAAAGGUUGGGGUGCCGGUGCUUGUGCGCAUCUUUGCAGUGCAGCUGAGCAGUGAGUGGGAGUCUCACGUGGCUGGCAGUGAUGGGGCGAAAAUGUCUGGCCGUGACCUGAGCAGUAGCAGCGGGGCGGAAGCAGGGGAGAAAACGAAAAUAUGUAACGAGGAGCAGGAGGAAAGGACGACUGGCAACACAUCUUCAUGCCCUCCCGUGGAGUUUUUCCGGGUGGAGCGUUUUAUACCGGUGUCGAUGCAAAUGGAAGCCGAUGCAAAUCACAUUUUUGAUUUCCGGCUCCAAAAUAAGAUUGAGGCGGUGUGUUUUGUCUGCACGGAAGUUGACCGCGGUGUGUUUGAGGGAUUUUUACCGAAUAUUGCCGGCAACGGUUUCAACCAGUACAUUCUAGACGAACUCGGUAUGGCGAAGGAGGUGCUCGAAGAUGGCCGCUCGGCCGACGGCUCUCCAUUAUGA